AUGUCAACGUUUCGUAGUGAGCCGAUGGUGCGGGGCACAAUGGUGCUCCCGUCUUCUUUGCCAAUAGCCCAUGAGAUCCUAGAGAGAAUAGGUCGUUUAGGGGCUGUGCAGUUUGUUGAUAUGCAAGCAAAUGCAUUAGUGCGCCCUUAUAACAACUACAUUCAACGUAUAGAGGAGAUGGAGCGCAUCAUUCGCUUCCUACAGGAGGAGAUUCGUUGUCUAGAGGGAGGCCCAGGUGCUGCGCGCGCAGCAGCAGCAGCAGCAGCAGGUGCCGGGGGAGGCGCAGCAGCAACGGCAGCAAGGCAUGAGGGUUCCCUUGUGGUGGUUGCUCCUGAGGGAGAAAAGAGUUUCCUAGAUAACGGCCAUGGGUAUGUAUUAGAUAAGGUGGAGGAGGCUUUGAGUCGGCUGUAUGGACAGUUCGUGUUGUUUAAGGGAAACAACACAAAUAUGCAGCAAGAGAAGAAUUCUGCACUAGAAGAGCAGUGUGUGCUGAACGUGGCAGUGCAGCAGCUGCGUCAGGGUGGUGCUGCUGCUGCAGUACGUGGCCCUCUAUCUGGUGCUGCUGCUCCUGGGGAUGAAGGCUUUUUGGAUGGGGAGGAUGGUCACACAUUAUUGCAGCAGCAACAGCAGCAACCAUUACCACUGCAGCAGCAGAUGUCCUUAGAAGAAGGUCUUAGUCUUGGUCUUGGUGUACCUAUGGGGAAGAAUGUCCCUGUGUCAGCUGUAUCAGCAGUUGCAGGUGUUAUUGCAACAGAAGAUAUUUCGCGCUACCAACGUACAUUAUUUAGAUCUACAAGAGGAAAUGCAUUUUCUUUCUUUCAAUCUAUUGAGCAACCAUUUACAGACCCUAAGACAGGGCAACAGGUACACCGUAGUGUAUUCGUUGUGUACCAUCAAGGAAGCAGCCAGUCGCUCCUACACGAAAAAAUCAAAAAGGUCGCAGAAGCAUUCAAUGGCCAGUGCUAUGAAUGGCCACAAACAUUCAGAGAAGCAGAAGACAGGCUGCAGGCUUUGAGUGAUGUAAUAAAAGACAAAGAGAAGGCAUUAGCAGCCUAUGAAUAUUAUUUCUUAGGGGAAAUAUCUACUUUAUUAGAAGUGCCUCGUGAGGGAGGCUCCUCUCUUAUAGAGGAAUGGCGCAUGUUCUGUAGCAAAGAAAAAGCCAUUUAUGCCGCUCUUAACUGCUUCGAGGGCCAUGAUAUGACCCUGCGGUGUACCUGCUGGAUCCCCAAGAAGAAUGAGGAGAAGGUGCGAAGCAUUCUGCGCUCAAUGGAGAUGGAAGGAGAAGAUCAGGGAUCUGCAUUUCUUCUAACGGAGAAACAUUUGCCUGCCGCGAUGCCUCCCACCUACUUCAAGUCUACAGAGUUCACUGACCCUAGCCAAAUGCUCGUGGACACCUACGGUGUGCCUCGCUACGAAGAGGCGAACCCUGCAUUUUUGACUUCUGUGACAUUUCCGUUUUUAUUUGGUGUGAUGUAUGGAGAUAUAGGGCACGGGGGGAUCGUGUUUUUGUUGGGUUUAUAUUUAAUGUUAUUUAAUAACCGCAUAAAGCUUGGAGGGGGAAUGUUUAGCAGUUUCCUACCUUUCCGUUACAUGCUGACGCUGAUGGGUUUCUUUGCCUUUUAUGUUGGCUUUCUUUAUAAUGACGUCUUUGCUCUCGGGGUAGACAUUUUUGGAUCCAAAUGGACAGAAGAAGGCGCAGAAGACCUCAAUGGAAGUAUCCGCAUGAAACAAGUGGGAGAGGAUCCUUAUCCGUUUGGUAUCGAUCCUGCAUGGAAGGGGGCCACAAAUGAGCUGUUGAUGACGAACUCGAUUAAGAUGAAGCUGUCAGUGUUGGUCGCCGUUGUGCACAUGGGGGUGGGUGUGAUAAUGAAGGGUUUGAAUGCGUUGCAUUUCAACGAUAUGUUGGAUUUCUUCUUCGAGUUUAUUCCCCAAUUUGUAUUUUUGACGGUUUUAAUCGGCUACAUGAACUUCAUGGUAGUUUACAAAUGGGUUACACCUUUAACGCACAACAAACCUAACCUCAUCAGUGCCAUCAUCAACAUGUGCAUGAUGGGGGAAGUAAAGCCUGAGGAUCAAUUGUACGCAAACCAGCAGACAGUUGAACGCGUUCUGCUGCUGCUCAUCGUGCUUACUGUGCCCGUUAUGCUGCUGGUUAAACCGACUAUCUUGGUUAUGCGCAAGAAGCGCGCUGACAAGGAGGCAGCAGCUGCUGCGGCCAAGAAGGAGCAGGAACUGCCACAGCAACUUCUAGAAGCAGGAGAGGGCGCUGCCGCUGCUUCAGCAGCAGCAGCAUUACAGCAACAGCAGCAUCAUCAUCAGGACGACCAGCACGAGGGGGGGAAGGACGAUCACGAAGGAGCGGGUGCAGGCGAUUUGUACAUAUUUCAGAUGAUUGAGACAAUAGAGUUUGUGCUGGGGACGAUAUCGAAUACAGCCUCAUACUUACGCUUGUGGGCUUUGUCGCUUGCUCAUCAGCAGCUGUCUUUAGUGUUCUACUCACAAACAGUUGUUCGUGCCCUCGAGCUGUCCGACAACACCGCUUUGGUGUCUGUUGUUUUGUUUUUUGUGUUUGCCUUGUUCGCCUUCAUCACCUUUGGAGUCAUUCUUUGCAUGGAUCUUCUCGAAGUGGCGCUGCAUGCGCUUAGGCUGCAGUGGGUGGAGUUUCAGAACAAGUUCUUUAAGGGUGACGGGCACAAGUUCGCGCCUCUUGACUUCAUGGUGGUGGUGCAGGCAAAGCCUAGUGGAUAA